AUGCAGGCAAUUGUUGUCGAACUACUGGAGCAGUGCCGUGGCUUGCCACUAGCUUUGUCACUCGUAGGCUCAAAUUUAAUUGACUCCCGGGCCGAACAAGACUGGCAAGAUGAGAACUUAAAGGAUGCCAAUUUGGAAGAACUAAGGUCUUUUUUUCCAAAAGAUUCUUAUCCCUACGAUAACCUUUUGGCUGCCAUUAACGUUAGUUUUGAGCGCUUGGAAGAAAGCCAUCGAGAGAGGUUCCUCGACUUCGCGAUAUUUCCAGAGGACACAGAUAUACCAUCUGAUAUUCUUGAGCUCUUUUGGUCUUCGGGCGAUUCUGGGAAACGCACGUGCAACGCUCGGAUGGGAAGGCGCAUUCUUACUGUCCUUGAGAAGAAAUCAUUGAUUCAAAAAGGUCCAACACUGCAUGGAAAGAACAGCUACCGUGUCCACGAUCUGCUCUUAGACUUUGCGCGAGGAAAACUGCGCGACACAAUAACUGAUGUCCAGUGCAUGUUUAUCGAGGCACUGAAUAGAAAAUGUGUAAACGGUGAAUGGGCGAAAUUCCAAGGCAAUAAAGAUUAUUACUAUCAUUAUCUUCCCUAUCAUCUGCACUCUUCCGAGCAGUAUGGGGUGCUGCUUAAUCUCUUCUUUGACUUUCACUGGUUGGAACAGAAAGUGAAGGAGACAAAUUUGCCAUCUUUAAUUUCCGACUUUCGCUUUUUGGGUACGGAUUCGUAUGAAAUUAAAUUACUGAAGUCAUCUUUGAUGUUAUCUGCAGACGUGAUCGAGAAAGCGCCUGAUUCAAUUGGUCCACAACUGUUAGGUAGAUUGCUAUCGUGUGCUGACGAACACCCAGCCGUGAAGCGGCUAUUGGAACACAUCCGUGAAAGAUGCACUAGAAAAUGCCGUCUUAUGCCACUAUUUUCUUGCCUCUCCGAACCUGUUGGACCGCUGAUCAAGAUAUUUAGAAAGCACGUCGAUAAAGUGCUCGCGUUAACCACAUCCGUUAGUUCAACGGGUACAAUUGUCAUCUCUGCAUCAACAGACCGUUCAGUUAAAGUUCAUGAUCUCGAAACAGGCAAAGAGUUGCAAGUGCUCAAUGGUCAUACGAUGGCAGUGUAUUGUUUAGCUUUGUCCCAUAGCGGGACAAUUCUGGCCUCAGGGUCUUAUGACUCCACCACUAGACUUUGGAAUAUGGACAGCUAUGAACAGCUGUUUGUUUUACAAGGAGAUGGUGGCUUUGUGAAUGCAUUGGAUUUCAGUGCGGACGAUCGGCGUCUUUUUACUGGGUCAAAUGAUGGGUACCUCAGGGUGUGGCUUGUCGCUACAGGUGAACUGUUUAGUUCCAUUCCUGCACAUAAUGGUCAUAUCCGUGGUCUGUGCACGACCAAAGAUGGUUUGUACGUUGCAACUGCAUCCCUUGACCACACCAUCAACCUAUGGCGUUCGGAUACAUUAGAAUUUCAGGGUUGUUUCAUUGGCCAUAUUGAUACUGUAUACAGUAUAGUGGCAACAGGUGGUGACAAACCAACGCUUGUGUCCGGUUCCGGCGACAAGACCGUAAAAAUCUGGGAUUUGAAAACAUGCAAGGAAGUUCGUUCUCUCUGUGGUCACCAAGGCGAGAUUUAUUGUGUUGCUGUGAGCCCGGACACGAAGCACGUUAUCUCCGCGGGCAAGGAUUUAAUUGUGAGAUUGUGGUGUUACCACACGGGAAAAUUGCUAUUUAAUUUUCAAGGACAUAGUCAAUCGAUCAGAUGCGUUUCAAUCAUUUCCGAUGGUUGCAAAGCUUUGUCUGGCUCCCAGGAUAAAAGUUUUCGAGUGUGGGACCUCGACACGAGUGCAUAUAUGAAACGGGAGAGAAUACGUGGUCACUCUGAUGAUGUCAUGGACAUAGCAAUCACUCGCGAUGGGUCGAGAUGCGUUUCCUCCUCAAAGGAUGGGUCUUUAAAGAUCUGGAAAUGUGAGACUGCAGAUGAACGCUACGCAUUGACAGGUCACACGAAAAGAGCAAUAAGUGUUGCUAUUUCAGUCGACGAUCGCUACGUUGUGUCGCUCGGAAAAGAUUCUUUCAUAAAGGUUUGGAACAUGGAAUCUGGGAACGAAACAAAUGUAAUUGAAGGCGACAAACAAGCUCGGUUUGUUUGCUUCAGUCCGGAAGGAGAAUUAGUCCUAAUUGGAUGCAAAGACGAUCGUUUUUUUAUGUGGAAUUGGAAGAAAUACGAUGUGCCUAUCAAGUGCGUUAAAUUAUCCGCAUUUACCACCAUGGCCAUCGCAUGUGACAGGAAUUUAGUUUACACGUGUGGUAGAAAUAGCGAAGUGUGCCAAAUUGAUCGCUCAUCUUCGCUACAAGUGACAGCCAUUAGCACAGGGCCCAAUCCGAACUGUACAUCGAUGGUGAUAUUACCUAGUGGUGCAGCAGUUUUGGCAGGAAUACCUACAUAUAGUGUAUUCAUCUAUUGGGAACUGUCAUCAUGGCGAGAAAUACGAUAUGACGCGGGACAUCCAGACGAAUCAAUCGUAACUGCAAUUGACAUAACCUCAGAUGGCAAACUGGCAUUGUCUGGAAGCAGCUCAGGCACUAUUUCUUUGGUGAACUUAGAGAGCUCGAAAGUAUUGCAGACUUUCACAAAGACCGAAUCUGGGGAUGGCAUACGCUUGCUUCGUAUUCUGAGAGACGAUAACAACUUUGUAGUUGUGAACGAGACUAAUACAGUAGAAAUGAGAAAUUUUGAUAACAGAUCUGGAAUGGUCAUGUCUCAACCACCUUUUAAAGUUAAUUGUGUAACCACUCUUGGUUUAAAAUAUAUUCUCCUGGGCUGUGCCAAUGGAGAUUUAUUAUUGUACGAUUAUCUAGAAUGCCUUGAUCGCGAGUACAAGUACCAAGGGCAUUCCGAAUCCGUAUCUCAAGUUGAAGGUCAUCCAAGCAAUGAAUACCUCUACUUUUUAUCCGGAUCUGAAAAUGGGUCAGUAAAACUGUGGUAUGUUACAAAAACAACGCCCCCAGUAUGGAGUCAAAUGUGGUCACGUGACUGCAUCCACUCACAUCCAAUAACUGCACUGGCUUUCGUUCCAAACUCCGAGGAUGUCGUGAGCGGUUCCUAUGGAAACGAGGUACACCGAAUAAACGCGACAGGAAUCGUGCGUACAUACAAGUAUAGAAGUUAUGGAAUCGCAGCGCUGCGUGUCGUGGGCACCUCACUUGUUGCCGCCUGUAUUCGUGGUCUUACUGCGGUGAAAUGGAGUUUAAGCGAAGGCCAUGUGACCAAGAAAGUUCACACCGGCGCUGGUAGGGAGCAAGUAUCACGUUUCAACCACACUUGCGAUCAUGUGGCCUCAAAAGGUUCUCGUCAUUCUCUGUUGUUUUGGAGUCUCGAAACUGGAAGAACAAUCCAUAAACUUCGUGGACACACACAUGAUAUCAGGGCCUUGGCAUUUGUGCCCGGAGGUCAAUUUCUAUUGUCAGGUUCGCGCGACAAGACUCUAAAACUGUGGAAUCUACGAUCUGGUUGCUUAGUUGAAGAGUUUCAUUUUGAGCGUUUUGUUCUGGCCAUUGCGUGUGCUCCAAAUGGGAUCGUUUGUGUAGGAUUGCAAGGCGGUCAAGUCUGUUUUUUACGCCUCAAUAAUUUAUAACCGUUUACAAGAAGCUUUAACAAUAAUCCUAUCCUAGCACUUGUCUCUUUAAGCGCGAAUGAGAGCUGGAAACGCAUAAAGAAUAUACAUGCUUAUGUAUUUCACAUGAUAUUUCCUUUGUUAUCCCAGUCUGUUGCUUUGUUUCUACAUUGUACUUUUGUAGAUAGAUCUGGAAUGUAAUAUAUCAAUUCCAUUUUAUUAAACCCUGCACGAGUU